GCCAUGGAAACAGCGCGGCCGUCCUGCAUGAGGCAGAUGGACGCGACUGGAACUUAUCAAGCAAAAGAGGAGUCACACCGGAAACGUUGCACGAUUUCAACAUAAAGAGGACUCAUCGAUUAUUGGAUAUUUGUGCAGGGCAUAAAUGUAUAAUUACAUGCCUGCUUUUAGUUUAAAAUUUUUAAUUCAUACUCAUUUUACCGAAUAGUGGUUUAUAUGAACUUUUAAUGCCCGAGUCUAUUAUAGUCCUUGCUCUUACACUGAAAGUUUUUUAGCAGAAAUGCAAAAAAGUAAAGCCGCUUGACUUGGAAUCAGACUGAGAAGGCAGCGUGAGACGGCGGCCGCAGGUAAAGGUGAGAGAAGGAAGAAAAUAAGGAGUGGAAAAGGGGAAAAAAAGGAAUGAUGGACGGAAGGAGAGGACCGGACAAGAAGAUGUUUAUGUCUUCGUGUGGGAGCUUGUACGACAGCAACAACCUGCUAUUGCAAUACUGCAACAACGACGACACCAUGUCAGCGGGUAGCAACUUGGACAUGGAGGACCGCGUGUCUCACUUGGAGCAGAGGCUUCAGCUUCAGGAGGACGACAUCCAGCUUUUGAAGGCGGCGCUGGCCGACGCCCUGCGCCGCCUUGGCUGCUGCGAGGAGCAGAGUCUGGCCUCGCAGCAGCCUGGGUGCGGCAACUCCUCCGGGAGGAGGUCUCUGCCUGCCACGGCCCCACCCACCAAGGUGCGUCAGCUACUUCAAGCGCUCCCUUCCAAGCCGACGAGCAACGGAUACGUUCAACACAAACGCCUUCUCUCGUCACCGUCCUCGCCCAAGAAGGAUGUUCUGAACUCCAUCAAGAGGAAGAGCAUGUCAACAGAGCGCCUCACGUUGGUCAGGAGGGAAGCGGCGGCGGCUGAGAGUCGGAGUCGAACAACUUCGUCCAGCAGCUCGACAGGCGGGAAAAGCAAAUCCAAAGAAUGCACCUACAAUGCAGAGGACGGCUACGUGAGGAUGUUCCUGCGCGGCCGUCCAGUCACCAUGCAUGUACCCGAGCAGCAGAGGGACAGCUAUAGCCUGGACCACAAGGGGGCGCUACCCAACCGCAAACUCAAAUUGGAGUGGGUCUAUGGCUACCGCGGUCGCGACUGUCGCUCCAAUUUGUAUCUUUUGCCCACCGGGGAGAUUGUUUACUUCAACGCUUCCGUCGUGGUGUUGUACAACACCGACGAGCAGCAGCAGAGACACUACUUGGGACACAACGAUGAUGUCAAGUGCUUGAGUGUGCAUCCUGACAUGGUUACUAUAGCAACUGGACAAGUGGCAGGAAAUACUAAAGAUGGAAAGCUGCUUCCGCCUCACGUCCGCGUGUGGGACUCGGUGAGCCUGAACACGCUUCACGUACUCGGCCUGGGCGCGUUCGACCGAGCCGUCACCUGCGUGUCCUUUUCCAAAUCUAACGGCGGCAGUUUCCUGUGCGCCGUAGACGACGCCAACGACCACAUCUUGUCGGUGUGGAACUGGCAGAAGGAGAAGCGACUGGCUGAUGUCAAGUGUUCCAACGACUCCGUGUUGGGCGCCGUGUUUCACCCGAUGGACGCUGAGCUGAUCGUAACUUGUGGAAAGUCACAUCUUAACUUUUGGACUCUGGAAGGAAACACGCUGACAAAGAAACAAGGACUUUUUGAGAAACACGAGAAGCCAAAGUACGUGUUGUGUGUGGCUUUCGCCGAGAAUGGAGACGCUAUCACCGGAGACUCCAGUGGAAACAUUUACGUGUGGGCUAAAGGCGGCAAUCGCAUCAGCCAUGUCUGGGCGGGGGCUCACGAGGGCGGCAUCUUCUCCAUAUGCGUCUUGAAGGACGGGACCUUGGUGUCUGGGGGAGGGAAAGACCGCAAAGUGGCACUGUGGGACCGAGAAUACCGCAAGCAAGCGGACAUGGAGGUGGGUGAUGCUUUCGGUCCAGUGCGGGCUAUUGCGGAAGGCAAAGGGGGCCAACUCUUUAUCGGGACCACCAAAAACGCCAUCCUCAAAGCGGCUUUCCCUGAUACUCUGACACCCAUCAUACAGGGUCACACCGAUGAACUUUGGGGUCUGGCCGUGCAUUCGAGUCUGGAUCAGUUUGUCACCUGCUGUCAGGAUAAGCUAGUUCACCUGUGGGACACAAACUCCCACCAGCCUAUCUGGACCAAGACCAUUGAGGAUCCUGGAAGGUGUGCGGGAUUUCAUCCAAACGGAGAAGUUCUGGCCAUUGGCACUAUGACUGGAAGAUGGUUAGUGCUGGACACAGACACUCGUGACCUUGUGUCUAUGCACACAGACGGCAAUGAGAUCAUCUCCAAUGUGAAGUAUUCUCCAGAUGGCAACUUCCUGGCGGUGUCUUCACACGACAACUUUGUUUACAUCUACGCCGUAACGGAGAAUGGACGCAAGUACAGCCGCGUGGGAAAGUGUACCGGUCACUCCAGCUUUGUGACACAUGUGGACUGGUCCUCCGAUAGCGACUACCUAGUGACCAAUUCGGGAGACUACGAGAUCCUAUUCUGGGAGGCGCCCAGCGGCAAACAUGUGACCAACAUGGACACCGUGCGAAACCUCACCUGGGCCACGUCCACCUGCACGCUGAGCUUUACCACGUUUGGAAUUUGGCCGGACGGUGCCGACGGCACAGACAUCAACGGCGUAUGUCGGUCACACGACAACUCCCUGCUGGCGUCGGCUGACGACUUUGGCAAAGUGCACUUGCUUUCGUAUCCGUGCUCCCAGCCUCGGGCACCAGGCCACGAGUACGGCGGCCACAGCAGUCACGUGACCAACGUGGCUUUCCUGCAAGAUGACAGCCGUCUCAUCUCUACUGGAGGAAAAGACGCCAGCGUCCUUCAGUGGCUGCUUGUUUAGGUAACGCCUGCCAGGUGGCCUCCCGUCCACCGUGGGGCAACGCCUUUUUUUCUCCUUACGUGCCUGCACGUUAACUCACGCGUACGCUGGAUAAAACGAAUGUUUACUAUGUUGCAGUUUAUUGUGUUUAGUGUUUAAAAAGGCUACACGAUGGGAAAAUGUAACAAAAAAUGUUAGCAUUAGCACGCUAAAUGCGCCUGGAUGAAAUUAAGUUUAAAAAUCCAAACGUUUGGACUAUGGUACGUCUCUGCUGUGAGUGAGUGCUAGGUGGGAUGGACUCUUGUAAAACAUUUUUAAUGCUAAUGCUAACUGUAUUUAGCUAGCUGAAUGUCACAGAUGACACAUAAACACACUAAUGUGAAUGUAAACAACAAAAACACCGUCCCUUUAAGAGCAGCCCAGUUGCCUUGUCGCUAUGGAAAUGUUUCCUCUUACUACUCCUUUUUUCCACCAGGGAGCGCUACAGCGCAACUUGUCGCUAUGGAAAUGUUUCCUCUUACUACUCCUUUUUUCCACCAGGGAGCGCUACAGCGCAACAAGUGCAUGAAUGAUUGGCUUCUAAAGAGUUCAAUAGAUUAAAUUAAUAUAUAUAUAUAUGAAUUAUAUAUAAUCAUGUGUAAUGCGGUAUAUCCGAGUGGCUCUGCUAUUUUAAAAUAGAAGCAUAUAAUAUAUAGUUAAUAGAAAUUGUCUGAUGGUGGGCGUGUCAUGUGGUGAUUGACAAGCAGCUUAACUGUGUUUGUUGGCUUUUUGAUUUGUUAAUAAAGUUUUUAUCCAA